AUGUCUACUGACAAGAUUACUUUCCUGUCCAACUGGCAUGCCACNCCCUACCACGCCCCUGUGUACCUUGCUCAAGCCAAGGGUUACUUUGCCGAAGAAGGCCUCAAGGUUGCUCUGCUUGAGCCCAACGACCCUAGCGUAUGCACCUCUCCUCAUCCCUACAAUCCCAAUCAACCACUGAUUUUCCUCAGNGAUGUUACCGAAAUCAUCGGCAGCGGCAAAGUAGAUCUCGGUUUCAAAGCCAUGAUCCACACCCUCGCCGGCAAGGCACGCGGCUUCCCCAUCUUGUCCAUUGGCUCUCUUCUCGACGAGCCUUUCACCGGAGUCGUAUACCUCAAGUCUUCAGGGAUCACUUCCGACUUCCACACCCUGAAGGAAAAACGCAUCGGCUACGUUGGCGAAUUUGGAAAGAUCCAGAUUGACGAGUUGACUGCCCAUUACGGUAUGAAGCCCUCCGAUUACACUGCUGUUCGUUGCGGCAUGAAUGUUUCCAAAGCCAUCAUCGACGGCACCAUCGAUGCAGGCAUCGGUCUCGAAAACGUUCAAAUGGUCGAACUUGCCGAGUGGCUAGCUUCCCAAAACAAACCCCGCAGCGAUGUGCAAAUGCUACGCAUUGACGAACUCGCCGAGCUGGGCUGUUGCUGUUUCUGCAGUAUCCUCUACAUCGGCAAUGAAACCUUCAUCGCCAACAACCCCGACAAGGUCAAGGCUUUCCUGCGCGCGUGCAAGAAAGCCACCGAUUUUGUUUUGGAAUCUCCUGCAAAGGCUUAUGAGGAGUACAUCACCUUCAAACCAUCCAUGGGCACUUCCCUCAAUCGCAAAAUCUUCGAAAGGAGUUUUGCGUACUUUUCAAAGGAUAUGAAGAAUGUCGCUCGCGACUGGAACAAAGUCACUGCUUAUGGAAAGAGACUUGGUGUUUUGCCUGAGGAGUAUACUCCUAAUUACACCAAUGAAUUCCUUGACUGGGGCUUCGAAGAAGAGUCAAAGGAUCCUAGUGGUGAUCAGAAGAGGAUGGUGGUUUUGCAGGACAAGGUUGCUGAGGAAGGCGGUUAUCAUCGUUUGGGAGAGAUGGAGAAGGGAGCUGCUUUGGUUGAUGCUGGGCAAGCUUGCUUGAUGUGA